AUGACCAAAUCAUACCGCAUCGCAACCAUCCCCGCCGACGGCAUUGGCCCCGAAGUCAUUGAUGCCGGUGUUACAGUCCUGCAGGCUCUUGCUGAGAAGCUGCAGUCGUUCUCUCUGGACUUCACGAACCUUGACUGGAGCUCUGAGACUUUCAAGGCUACGGGCAAAUACAUUCCUGAUGGUGGGCUAGAGGAAUUGAAGAAGAACGAUGCUAUUCUGUUCGGAGCUGUUGGCGCGCCAGACGUUCCCGACCACAUCUCCCUCUGGGGUCUCCGUCUCGCCAUCUGCCAACCCUUCCAACAAUACGCCAAUGUGCGCCCCACGCGUGUCCUCCGCGGCACACAGUCGCCCCUGCGCAACUGUGAUGUCGGAGACCUUGACUGGGUGAUUGUCCGUGAGAACAGCGAAGGCGAGUACGCUGGUCAGGGUGGACGCUCGCACCGCGGACACCCCUGGGAGGUGGCCACCGAGACUGCGAUCUUCUCGCGCCACGGUGUGGAGCGCAUCAUGCGCUUUGCGUUCGAGACGGCAGCCAAAAGGCCGAGAAAGCUCUUGACUGUUGUGACGAAGAGCAACGCGCAACGCAACGGUAUGGUGUUGUGGGAUGAGGUUGCAAACAUUGUUGCCAAGGACUUCCCUGAAGUCACUGUUGAUAAGAUGCUCGUUGAUGCUAUGACCACAAGAAUGGUGCUCAAGCCCGGGAGUUUAGAUACCAUUGUUGCCAGCAACCUGCACGCCGAUAUUCUUUCCGAUCUUGCCGCUGCCCUUGCAGGCUCCAUCGGUAUUGCGCCUACAUCGAACCUCGACCCUAGCCGCCAGAACCCCAGUAUGUUUGAGCCCAUCCACGGGUCCGCCUUCGACAUUACGGGCAAGGGUGUCGCGAACCCAGUCGCGACAUUCUGGACCGCUGCAGAGAUGCUCGAAUGGCUCGGCGAGAAGACUGCUGCCGACAAGCUGAUGCAAUGCGUCGAGCGCGUAUGUGAGUCUGGUGUACUGACAGCCGAUCUCGGCGGAAAGGCCACAACCGUUGAAGUAACCUCUGCCGUUGUCGAGGAGAUCAAGCGUUUGAACUAG